CAAGCACUUACUUGUGCGCGUUCCUCAAUUGCGUUGUGGAGAAUUUUUUACUAAAUAGUGCUAGGUGCACUCAUGGAACAGUAGAACCCUGGGGGACAACCGCAUAGCGCAGAAACAUGGAAGCCCGAAAUCUUGAGGUACUCAAGGAGGUCAAGUACAGAGCGGAUAAGCCAGGCGUGGCCGUCAAGCUCACCCUUCCCUCUCCUCCAAAACAUCCAUCCUCUACGACAACAAAGCAACCACCACCGUCAUCAUCCGCCGUACAUGCCGGUGUCGUACUGGCCCACGGCGCCGGCGGAGACAUGGACAGCGGUCACCUGCCGGCCCUAGCAGCUGCCCUGGCGGCUGCGGGCGUGACGUGUGUGCGCUUCACCUGCCGUACACCCCACCUGCCCACCCGCGUGGAGGCGUUCCGAGCUGUGUUGCGAGCUGCUGCGGGGGGCAGCUGGCGGGAGACGGCGGGCGUGCGGACCUGGGUGGCGGCGGGGCACUCCAUGGGCGGCCGGGCCGCUUGCGUGGUUGCGCAUGAGGCGUCGGAAGACCGGCGGGCGGCUGCGGCUGGGGAGCAGCAACAGCAGCAACAGCAGCAACAGCAGCAACAGCAGCAACAGCAGGGGCAGGCGGGGCAGCAGCAGCAGCAGCAACGACAACUGCAGCAGCUGGGGGAGAAGGCAAGGGAAACAGGGAAGGAGCCAGCUGGGCAGCAGCAACAGGAGGAGGAGGGUCAGGACCAGAAGCCACCCCCGCCGGCGCAGCAGCAGCAGCAGCAGCAGGGGCGAGCACGACGGUCCGGGCGGCAGUCGGUGGCGAAGGAGAAGGAGGAGGAGAAGCAGGGGAAGAAGGCAGGGGCACACAGGAAGCGGAAACGGCGCGAUUCUUCCACCGAAGAAGACGGCGGUAAUGGGGGCGGCGCUCACGGCGCCGCGCACACCACAGCAGUGGCAGCGGCUGCAGCGGCAGGGGCAGGGGCGGGAGCAGGAGCAGGGGCAACAGCAGCUGCAGGGCUACCGGCGGUGCCGGUGGCUGGUGUGGUGCUGUUGUCGUAUCCGCUGCACCCGCCUGACAAGCCGUCCGAGCUGCGUGACGACCCGCUGUGCCGGCUGGGCUGCCCGGUGCUGUUCGUUAGCGGCAGCCGGGACCCCUUCAGUCGCCCGGAGGUGUUCGGAGGGGUGCUGGGCCGCAUGGCGGGCAGCGAUGUGCGGGUGCAUGCAAUGGAGGGCGGUGACCAUGGUUUGGUCCUGCCACGGAGAAAGGCAGUAGCAGCAGCGGCAGCAGGGGAAGGAGGAGGAGGAGGGGCAGGAGGCAGCAAGAGGAGGAAAAGGGGCCGAAGCGAGGAGGGUGAGGCUGCAGAGGAGGAUGGCAGCGAGGAGGCGGUGGCGACGACAGUGGGCGGCGGCAAGCUGCAAAGCGAGCAGGAAGCGGCGCUGGAUGCGGCUUUCCGUGCCGUGAUCGCUUUCGUGAAGGAGCUUGCGCGCGCGCCUCCUCAAUCCACGAAGGAGUAGGGCUAGCUGGAUAGUACUGCCAAGAGGUGGUGUGCGGUACUAUCGUGUGCCGUACACAAUUGCUCACACUAGGCCCAGCCCUUGGAGCAGCAGAGUGUUGGUUUGGAUUUAACAAGCUUAUAUGGUAGUUCUCUUUAUACUGCAUCGUGGUUAUCCGUGCGUAAAUCGUUAGCACAGUUGUUAGCACAGCAGCUCUGCAACUAGCGUAACAUAUAUGGAUAUCUAAGCUAUAGUGCUACUUAUGGUAGACCUGGAACGACCUUCGAAGCGGGCCCGCUUUUUGGAUUGCGCCCCGCUUGCUGAGUCAACUGAGCACGCUAUGGCGGCAGACGGCCUUCCCGAGCUCGAAGCGAUAAGGCAGUCGGGCAACCAGCUUGCAUAUCUCCAAGCUCAGCUUGCCGCGACGGAGUCGCUGUACGCAGCUUACCAGGCGGAGUUCAACGCCCUGGCGGGGCAACUUGGGAAUGUGAAGCGGAUGCAUCAGCGCUGCGGGAAGCCAAUCUGGAAGGAUGACUGCCAAACUGCUAUUACUCCGAAGGGACGCAAGCACCAGCAACAGCCGUCAUCCCCCCGCGCCGGUCCCACCGAGCAAGCAACCUUCUCGGACAUCGAAGACGAGGUAUUAACACUGUACCCUGACGAGGAACCCUCGGACUCACCAGCGGAGAUCCUGGGCGACGCCGGCGGCGUUGGCGACGGAGCUGCAGCAGCAGCAAUAACAGCAGCAGCAGCGGCGGAUGAGGCGUGUGGUGCAGCAGCAGCUGCUGCUGCCGGGCGGGAUGGGCUGCUGGCGGGUGCGGGCGGGCGGUUAGGGGCGCUGGAGGCGACAUGCAGCGCGGUGGCUCAGGAGGACAUGGAGGCACAAGGCGCGCUGGCCUGCCUGGCUGGUCGGGUGGGCAAGUACUACCUGCGCAGUGUGGUGGUGACGCUGGGUCGGCCCACGGAGUCCAAGGGGGAGGUGGAUGUGGACCUGGGGCCGGAGGAGGGGCCCGGGGCAGCGGCAGCGGGGACAGGGGCUGGAGGGGGAGGAGGAAGUGGAGGCGGACAGGCUGCAGCGACGCCGGCAGCUGGGGCGCCAGCAGCAGCAGCCGCAGCCGCAGGUGGCCAGCAGCAGCGCGGGGGGCACCGAGUGAGUCGGCGGCAGGCGCUCAUCCGGCUGGGCCCGGACGGGCAGUUCCGGCUGACCAACAUGGGGCGGCAGGCGGUGCGGGUGAACGACGUCACGGUGCUCCAGAACCAGACGGUGGCGCUGCCGCACCUGAGUCUGCUGCAGGUGGCGGAGGUGCGGCUGCUGUUCCUGGCAAACAUGGCGGCGGUGGGGCGGGUGGUGCGCCGCUCGGCGGCACUUGUUCUAUAAGGCGGCGGCGGCGGCGGAGGCUGGUGCUGUAGAGGGGGUUGGUGUUGUAGAGGAGGAGGGGGUACAUACUCUGGCUGUUUGGGAGCAGCUAAAUUGUGGUGGUUGUGCUCUUGGGGGGUGUAUUACGGUAUGCAUGGCUUGUUAACGUCCCGACAUGCUACGACGACUGACCGGUGCGCGUUGCUGGAUGAGGGGUGGAUGAGGGGUGACAGAUGGGGGGAGGAAGCAUGCUGCUGUGGUGGUGCGCAAGAGUUGGGCACAAGCAAGUGUACAUAGGAAGAUACGAUGUGGGAGCGGAUGUCUGGUGGACUCGGUGCAGCCACCGGUGUACAGUAGGAGGUGGGGGUGGAGGCUGCGUGGCGAGACCGGUUGGCGGGGACGCACAUGUGUAUAGUUGGCGGUGGUUUCGGCCGCUGAAAUGCGGUGGAGCCAUAGGGAGGGUCGUAGAACACACCAUGGGCGGAAGGAGCUGGGGAGGGGUGCUGUCUUGCUGCCAUCACCAGAGCUCUUUUCUUUAUGACAUUCACUCGGCAAGUUUCAUGCGGCAGCAGGGAAGUGUCGGACGCAUACGGUAAUGCGGCAAGGAAGGUAAAGUGCGGUGUACUGUGGUGUCAGCUUCUGUUGCAACAACACCGGUAGAGAUGAGCAGUUGCAGCUGCAACACCUUGAC